AUGUCAUUUGUUUUAUCGUCAAUUAUUUUAUUACUUUUCACAUCUGUUCUAAUUGUUGAGAAUAGUGUUACUAAUUCAUGUCAAGCUCAAGUUGAUAAACUUGAUACAUGUAUGGCUGUAGUACAAUUCUCUGGUGAUUGUAAUUCAGGUAUUGUUAAUUUGACUGACACUGAUUAUGCAAAAUGUAAUACAACGAGCUUUUUUUGGUCUUAUCCACGUUAUAAUUUAACAUUAAUGAUUGAAACACCAUUUACAAAAAAACAUCAACCAUAUACCAUCUAUCUUGAUAAUGAACAAGUCAUGUCAGCUGUCUCACAUGUUUAUCGAGUAUUUAAUAAUCAAGAAACAGAUGUAACAACAAAAGAUAGAACGCUUAUUCAAUAUUCUGAUUCAAAUUAUCAAAUUAUUCUUAAACUUCAAGGUCCUGAUCGUCUUCAACGAUAUGGUGUGAAUAUCAACUACGAUGUUCUCCCAAUGUAA